UUUUAUGUCUCUGAAGAACAAUAAAUUCAUGAUAGCAUUAUCUCGUCGUUUCCUGAAACAGAGUCACUGAACUCCCGAGUCACCACCAAUGUCCGAGUCAAAAAGCCCCGACUCACCUUCCCUACCCAACGCUUCUAAUUCUAAUAUAAUCUCCAAAAGGAUAACCUCAUGGUCCUUCACUUUACUUAUUACAGCACUGGUCCCCGUUGUCGCUGCAACAAUCCUUUACCAACUCGACACGUUCGACCCGGCUCCUCUGCCACCGGGCGAGUUGAGUCGGCAUGUCAUAGAGGCGCCAGCACGCAACAGUCGCAUGCUAGAGGGAUCUGAGCUGGUGGGUGUGGGAAAUUUGGCCGGCCCAGAAGAUAUUGCUUAUGAUCCCAGCGCCGGAGUCUUCUAUACUGGCUGUGCUGACGGCUGGAUCAACCGAGUCACCGUGAACGACUCGGUGGUGCACAAGUGGAUCAACACCGGCGGCAGACCUUUGGGAAUCGCCGUUGGACGUCACAACGAACUUAUAGUUGCUGACCCCGCAAAGGGCCUACUGAACGUGACUGCAGAAGGUGUGGUGGAGUUCUUGACAGAUGAAGCAGAGGGGCAAAAAUUCGGAACAAUAGACGGUGUGGAUGUAGCAGAGAAUGGGAUGAUUUAUUUUACAGAUGCUUCAUAUAAAUAUAGCUUAAGCGAGUUCAUUUGGGACUUCUUGGAGGGUAAGCCCCAUGGCAGGCUUAUGAGCUAUGAUCCUGCAACCAGAAGGACCAAUGUGCUGCUCCGGAACCUUUACUUUGCUAAUGGUGUUGCAGUCUCACCGGAUCAAAAUUAUGUGAUCUUUUGUGAAACCCUAGUAAGAAGGUGUAGAAAAUAUAUCAUACAAGGCGAGGAAAAAGGAAAAGUAGAUGAGUUUAUCGAAUAUCUACCAGGCAUGCCUGAUAACAUCCGAUAUGAUGGAGAAGGCCACUACUGGAUUGCAUUUCCAACGGCACAGACAUUUUCAUGGGAUCUAGCACUCAGAUACCCUAUCAUUCGGAAGGGUAUAGCAAUCAUGGAGAGGUACGUUGGGAGACCAAAUAUGGAGAAGAAUGGCGGGGUUCUGGCUGUUGAUUUGGCAGGAAACCCCACUGCCCACUACCAUGAUCCUGGAUUGUCAAUGGUUACAACUGGGAUCAAGAUAGGAGAUCAUUUGUACUGUGGUUCCCUUGUCUCUCCCUACAUUAUCCGCCUCAAUCUAAAACAACAUCCUGCGACAUGAUCAGCAACAGCACGAGCGUUCUAGUUCUUGCAUGCUGCAGAAAAAUCGAUCCUUGACGACAUCUUAAAUAAUUGGGCAGACAUAAUAUCCAAGACAAUGAAACUCUGGUUCUCGCACUAUGUGUUUUUGUGCUUAAGUUAGCAAAGUGAAGGUAGUAUUGCUCUAAGGAUGAAAGAGCUAGAAUAUUGGUAAAGAGAUUCGCUAUUUGAUUGUACUUGAAAUAAUGUACGUCUUCUCUUUAUGCAUGGUAUCCACCAAUAAUACAGUAAAAUCUUGACUA